UAUCAUUACGUCGUGAUUUGGAUAUAACUUGAGGUAUCCUUGAGGAAGGGUGACCUAGGUUCGUUUUGUAGUGACCUCUCUUUGCAGGUGUGCACGUAAUUCUUUAAAUUACGUCAUACGGGCGUAACUUGUUAAACCACUCUUACGGAUGUUCAGUCGUGAAUUGGAGAGCCAAACUCGCAGAAGGGUGACCUACAUACUUGCUAUCAACGUUUUUUGAUCUCGUAACUUCGGAGGACAGACACCAUGGGCUCCUGGUGGGGAAAACCGGUGGACAACACUCCCGAUGACAUCACAGGUCUCACGGCCAAUCAGAUCCAGCUCAUCCGGGACACCUGGCAGAUCGUCUACAAGAACAAGAGAGAAAACUGUUUCGCCAUUUUCAGGAUAUUGUUCACCGACCACCCCAGCACCAAGUCGCUGUUCCGGCUCAUGGAUGCCGUUGACCUUGAUGUGCCGGGUGAGUUUGAGAAGAACGUGGCCGCCCGUGCGCACAUGGUCAGGUUCAUGCACAGUUUCGCCACCUUCAUGGACACCCUGGACGAGCCGGCCGAACUACGCCAGCUCCUGUACGAUCUGGGCAAGAACCACGCCAAACAUCAGGUCGGACCGGAACUGUUCGAC